AAUCAAUAUCUUCACUUUUAACUCUUCCAAAUGAACUUUUAUUAUUAUUAUUUGAAAGUCUGGACUUUCCAUCUAUUCUUUCUCUAAGUAAUGUCUGUAAUAGAUUUUUAUUAAUCGCUCAAGUUUGUUUAGCAAGAAGAUUUAAAGAUUCAAAUCUUACCUUAACUUUAUUCUUUGACCAAGAAUAUCGUCGUAAAAAUAGCCUAAAUUUCUCUUUUGACCAUUUUGAUUCGGAAACUGGAAGAUUCAUUUUUACUCCAAAAAAAGAUAAAGUUAUGAGAUUCAUGAAUUCUCGUAUGUUAGGAUGUCCAAAAUUACGCAGAAUCCAUUUUACUGAUUUUGAUAAUACUUUGAUUUUUGAUGAUAAAAACCUUUUACAAAAAUCUUGUUCAUUACCCAUAGAAUCAACUAAUUCUAUAUUACAAAAAAUUUCUUCGGAAUAUAGAAUAGGUCGUGGUUCAACUCAUUUACAAUCUAUAUAUACCUUUAAUUACUCAAUAAGUGAUUCCCCACCAUCCCCAUUAGUAAUUAGAACUCGACGUGGUGAACGAUGGAUCAAACCUCUACGAUUCGAAUGUUCUCCAUGUUUCUUUUACCCCCAUGAGCCUAUCGCUCAUAAGAUAAUUAUGGACAUUAUUCAUUUCAAGUGGAAUAAUCAAAAUAAGAAACAUAAUAUGAAAUUAUUAAAUCUAAAUGAAACUAGUCUAUAUGGUAUCGAAUCGGAAAGGGAUGAUGAUGCUAUUAACGAACAAAGGAUGUCCCUAACAAGACUAAAAAGAUAUUAUCGUGGUGUUCGACGAUAA